AUGCCUCGCCUUCGCCGUAGUUCUCCCACGCUCUCAACAUCGCCGUCGACUCCAACCCCUAUACCCGCCAAAUUCUGGCGCGCAUGCGCUGGAAUCUCUGCGCGGGCACCAGUAAUGAACUCUAGGGUUUAUUACUUUCCACAGGGACACAUCUACCAACCUGCUUCCAAACCGCGAAAUCUUUCAUCUCUAGUUUACUCCAGGCCGGUCAUCCCUUGCCGUGUCUCCGCCGUCAACUUUUUCGCGGACCCUCACACUGACGAGGUCUUCCUCAGGAUUCUUCUCCAUCCUGUCACUGAUGCAUCAGCUCAAGAUUUUCUUCCACCUGCCGCCGCCGCCGAAUGCAGCGGUGGCAACGGCAAUGGCGACGAUGAAAAGGUUGAGUCGUACGCCAAGAUUCUCACGCGGUCAGAUGCAAACAAUGGUGGAGCAUUUUUGGUGCCGAAGCUCUGUGCGGACUUGAUCUUCCCGCCGUUGAACUUUGAAGAAAAACGGCCAGGGCAGACGCUUAGCAUAACCGACCUCCAUGCCACUGUUUGGGAGCUCCGCCAUGGCUACCGAGGAAGGCCGAAGCGGCACCUUUUGACUUCAGGGUGGAGCAAGUUCGUCAACAGCAAGAAGCUUAUCUCGGGCGAUACUCUAAUCUUCAUGAAGGACUCCGAUGGGAAGAUAUUCGUUGGGUUACGCCGCAAUAUGUCCCCGGACCAUGACGGAUUGGACCACUUAUUAGCAGCGUCCGUGGGGAUGGACGAGCUGGAAAAGGAAGAACAAGAAGAGAUGAUGAUGGAAGGGUUUGUAAGGAACGAGAAGGGGAGGAUGACUUCCGCAUCGGUGGCAGAAGCGAUGGAGCUGGCAGCCCAGAACAAGCCGUUCGAAGUUAUUUACUAUCCGAGCGUUGGGUGGGGGGAGUUUAUGGUGAAGGCAGAAGAUGUGGAGGUGAAGAUGAAUGGUGUUCUUUACCGUGUUGGGAUGAGAGUGAAGAUGGCCAAAGAAAAUUACGAUUCUUCACAGAUGACUUGGUUUCAGAGAACUAUUUCUUGUAUUUCUGUUCCCGCUGAUGAUCAACCAUGGAGCAAUUCUCCUUGGCGCAUGCUUCAGGUCACAUGGGAUGAUCAUGAUGAAAUCUUGAAGAAUGCAAACUCAGUCAGUCCAUGGCAGGUGGAGAUUCUUUCUGCCUUACCUUCAACUCCUGCGGCAUUUCCCCCAACAAAGAAGCUUAGAGUUACUGAUAGAGUGUGA